AUGCCGGGUCACACGGUGCUUCCCAGCCCCGCGGAGGCUCUGCCGGGCAGAGCGGAGCCGCUGCCGGUGUCAGUCACGCACGCCGUCAGUGGGAACCCCACGCUCCCGCCGUUUCCCACCGAGAUGCAGCUGGCAAUUUUUGGCAUGGGGUGCUUCUGGGGAGCAGAGCAGCUCUUCUGGAAGACACCGGGGGUCUUCUCCACCCAAGUGGGCUUCGCAGGAGGCUUCACCCCCAACCCCACCUACGAAGAGGUCCGCUCAGGGCUGACCGGGCACGCGGAGGUGGUCAGGGUUGUCUUUGACCCCCGGAAGAUCAGCUAUGAGGAGCUGCUCAAGGUCUUCUGGGAGAACCACGACCCCACGCAAGGCAUGAGGCAGCAGGAGGACGUGGGCACCCAGUACCGAUCCGUCAUCUACACCCUGGGCCCCGAGCAGGGCAAAGCCGCCCGCCGGAGCAUGGCAGCUUACCAGGAGGAGCUGAGCAAGCGGCAGCGGGGGGCCAUCACCACCGCUGUCGAGCCGGCCGGCGACUUCUUCUACGCCGAGGACCGCCACCAGCAGUACCUGCACAAGGUGCCCGCCGCCUCCUGCAGCCUCAAGGGCACCGGCGUCACCUGCCCCAUCGUCCCGUGA